UGGUACUACAAAGACAUCACUCGACAACAGGCUGAGGCGAUUCUGUUGGACGAGAACCGCGAGGGUUGCUUCUUGGUUCGUGAUUCCGUUAGCAAGAAAAACACAUACACCCUCUCCGUAACCUCAAAGGAUCCAGAAGCACCUGGAAAAUUGAAGGUUCAUCACUAUCAUAUUCAUCGAACGGAGACUGUCGGUGCAGCCAACGGACACGUAAAUGGGACUGGGCUCACCAACGGAACAGCAGCGGUCAACAACGGCACUGGGGGAGUGAGUCGCACCGGAGGACCCGGUACGAGCACUUCAACCGAAGCGCAAUACUAUCUGUCCGAGAAACAUGCAUUUCCCACAAUUAGCGAUGUGAUUCACUAUCACAAGCACAAUUCGGGUGGUCUCGUUGUCCGAUUGCGUUCCCCACCGACCAAGGAUCGGGAAAGUCCUGUCACUGCAGGCAUGGGCUUAGAUGAAUUCGAACUUGAUCCUGCCGAAUUACAAUUGGAACGAGAUCCGAUUGGCAAAGGCCAAUUUGGAGUGAGUAAUCUCUCCUAUCUUUCGGCAGUUGUUGUGAACUCUCUAAUCGUUGCCCAACAAUAA